ACACAGACAAACAGAUAGGCAGCAAGAAACUUAGAGACUCUGGGCUCGAACCAGCAGCGGCCUGCAGCAUGUCUGGAUCUAUACCGUUCUACCAGAAGCACCACCGCCACUAUGACCGCGGCUACAGAAGCAAGGAGAUGAGGUCCAAACUGAGCCAGUACCAGUCCAGCAGCAGGUAUUCUGCUGGCAGCAGCACCUCCGCCACCAGCUGCAGUAGCAGGGGACUUAACGUGUCUUCACAUUCUGGGCUGGAGGCGAGCAGACUGAGCCCUGUACCCAAGAGAGCCAAGCCUACUUACUUAGCUGUGGAUAAAGAGAACCAAAUCAUUGGCUACGUAGUGCCGAUCUUCAGGGGCAGUGAAGAGUUUGCCACAGGAUUUUCAGAUACAGAGCAAAGAAGGGUGAGGGACACUUCUGCAUACAUGGCCCGCAGGGAUUUGUUCACCAGUGGCCUGGAGAUGGAGAGGUCAGAGCUGAUCUCCAGGAGGGAGGCCAUGCGCGACACAGCCGACCGCAUCUCUCUGAGCAAAAGGAUCCAUGAACACGGGGAACACUUUAAGCGUAUGAACGAAGACAGCCUGAUGCACGCCCCGGAGUUUGUGAUUAAACCACGCUCCCACACCGUGUGGGAGAAGCAGUGUGUGCGGCUGCACUGCACUGUCAGUGGCUGGCCCGACCCACGGGUCAUCUGGUACAAAAACAAUGUGCCCAUUGACCCUCUUGCCAAUGCUGGCAAGUAUAAACUUGACAGCAGAUACAGCGUGCACUCCCUGGAGAUUAACAGAUGUGAUUUUGAUGACACGGCGCAGUAUCGCGUCUCUGCCAUGAACUCCCAGGGAGAGCUGUCUGCAUUUGCCUCCGUGGUUGUAAAGAGGUUCAAAGGUGAAGUUGAUGAGUUCCUGCCAUCGGCCAGACAUGGCCCAGUGUCUGAGUACGGCAUCACAUUCAAGACUCACAUUGUCGAUAAAUUUGGUGUGUCGUUUGGAAGAGAGGGUGAGACCAUGAGUCUGGGAUGUACGGUCAUCAUCUACCCAACCCUGAACCGCUACCAGCCAGAGGUCCAGUGGUACAGAGGCGAUGUUCUGCUGUCUCCUUCUAAAUGGUACCAGAUGCACUGGAGUGGGGAUCGAGCCACGCUGACCCUCACACACCUCAACAAAGAGGACGAGGGGCUCUACACCCUGCGUGUCACCACCAAGUCUGGAUAUGAAACCUACUCAGCCUACGUCUUCGUCAGAGAUGCUGAUGCUGAGGUUGAAGGAGCUCCUGGCGCCCCUCUUGAUGUUCGCUGCCUGGAUGCCAACAAGGAUUACAUCAUCGUCACCUGGAAGCAGCCAGCUGUUGACGGUGGCGACUCCAUCCUGGGUUACUUUGUGGACAGGUGUGAGGUUGGAACCAGCCACUGGGUCCAGUGCAACGACACUCCGGUGAAGUUUGCCCGUUUCCCCGUCACCGGCCUGGUGGAGGGUCGCUCCUACAUGUUCCGUGUGCGAGCCGUCAACAAGAGCGGCAUGAGCCGCCCGUCCAGAGUCUCUGAGCCGGUGGCGGCCAUGGACCCAGCCGACCGCGCCCGCAUGAGAGGUACCUCUGCUCCCUGGACCGGCCAAAUCAUCGUCACAGAGGAGGAGCCUGCAGAGGGCGUUGUUCCCGGCAGACCUCUGGAGCUGCAGGUGACGGAGGCCACCAAGAACUACGUGGUGCUGAGCUGGAAGCCGCCCGGAGAGAAAGGCCUGGAAGGGGUCAUGUACUACGUGGAGAAGUGUGUCUCUGGCACAGACAGCUGGCAGCGCGUGAACACAGAGAUCCCAGUCAAGUCUCCUCGCUUUGCACUGUUUGAUCUCGCCGAGGGGAAAUCCUACAGCUUCCGUGUCCGCUGCUGCAACUCUGCUGGUGUUGGCGAGCCGUCUGACCCGACGGAGGCCACCACUGUUGGAGACAAGCUCGAUAUCCCAUCUGCCCCGAGCAAAGUCGUCCCAACCAGGAACACAGACACUUCAGUCGUCGUGUCUUGGGAGAAGUCCAGUGACGCCAAAGAGCUGGUGGGAUACUACAUCGAGGCGAGCAUCGUGGACAGCAACGUGUGGGAGCCGUGCAACAACAAGCCUGUAAAUGCUACCAGGUUCAUCUGCCACGGUCUGAUAACAGAAGAGAUGUACGUGUUCAGGGUGAGGGCAGUGAACGCAGCAGGGCUCAGCCAGUUCUCCCCGCAGUCUGAGCCUGUGAAGGUGAAGGCAGCUAUAGCCUCCCCUACUCCACCCUAUGGCAUCAGUGUCCUGGAGUGUGUGCGCGACUCCAUGGUGCUGGGCUGGAAACAGCCAACCUUCAUCGGCGGAGCUGACAUCACCGGAUACUUCGUGGAUUACCGUGAGGUCAUUGAUGGCGUGCCGGGGAAGUGGCACGAGGCCAACAUCAAGGCUAUCAGCGAGAGGGCCUACAGGGUGUCUGACCUGAAGGAGAACAUGAAGUACCAGUUCCAGGUGCGGGCAGCCAACAUGGCAGGUGUCGGCAUCCCAUCGCUGCCCAGUGACACCUUCCUGUGCGAGGAGUGGACCAUCGCAGUGCCAGGACCUCCUCAUGACCUGCAGAUAAGAGAAGUGCGGAGCGACUCUCUGGUGAUGCUUUGGAAAGCACCUGUGUACCAGGGCCGCGAUCCGGUCAACGGCUUCUACAUCGACAUCAAGGAAGCGGACGCACCGUUGGAGGCGUGGAGAGGAGUCAACACUAAGGCUACGGAGAAGACGUACUUCAAGAUUGAGAAUCUGAAGGAAGGAGAGUCGUAUGUGUUCCGUGUGCGUGCUCAGAAUAAAGCCGGUGUCGGAAAAACCUCAGAUGAGACAGAGCCGGUCCCAGCUGUCACCAAACCAGGCACUAAGGAGAUCGUGGUGGAUGUCGAUGAUGACGGCAUCAUCUCCCUGAACUUCGAAUGCGGUGACAUGACCCCCGACUCCAAAUUUGUGUGGUCCAAGAACUACGAGGACAUCACAGACUCAUCCCGGCUGACAGUAGAGGGCAAGGGAAACAAAUCCAAAGCUGUUUUCAACUCUCCCGGAGAGGAGGACAUUGGCAUUUACUCGUGUCUCGUCACCCACACUGAUGGCGCUUCAUCCAGCUACACUCUGGAUGAAGCAGAGUUGAAGAGGCUGCUGGAGGUCAGCCAUGACCACAAAUUCCCCAUUAUUCCCCUGAAGUCAGAGUUGGCUGUGGAGCUGCUGGAGAAGGGAAGAGUUCGCUUCUGGCUGCAGGCGGAAAAGAUUUCAGCUAACGGCAAAGUCGAUUACGUCUUCAACGAUAACUCUCUCUCUCACGGGGAGAAAUACAAGAUGAACUUCGAUAAGAACACCGGUGUGAUCGAGAUGAUCAUGGAGUCUCUGACUCGGGCCGAUGAGGGCACCUUCACCUUCCAGCUGCAGGACGGGAAAGCUACCAACCAGUCCAGCUUGGUGCUGAUCGGAGACGUGUUCAAGGAGCUGCAGAAGGAAUCAGAGUUCCAGAUGAAAGAAUGGGUCAGAAAGCAAGGUCCUCACUUUAUCGAGUAUUUGGGUUACGAGGUGACUCCAGAGUGCUGCGUGAUACUGAAAUGCAAGGUUGGCAACAUGAAGAAGGAAACCUCGGCGCUGUGGUUCAAAGACGGACACCAGAUCAAAGCAGACGAGAAUCUGGGCUUCACCGAGGGAGUGCUGAAACUAGAAAUUGCUCAGCGCGGCUCUCCUGCAGACGGGGACCUAAUCUGGAGAAGACUAAAAGUUUCCAAGAAGGACUCUGGUGUGUAUGAGGUCGUUCUGAAGGACGACAGAGGAAAAGACACUUCAACUCUGAAUUUGACAGAUCAAGGUUUCAAAGACUUGAUGAAUGAAGUUUUCAGUUACAUCGCAAAUUCCUCCACUCCACUGAAGAUCACAAGCACAGAUCAGGGCAUCCGACUCUACACCUUCGUCAGCUACUACAACGAUUUACUCCAAGUGACAUGGCACUACAAGGAUUCGGCCAUCGCCUUCUCUGACCGUAUAAAGAGCGGCGUGGUGGGAGAGCAGCUGUGGCUGCAGAUCACAGAGCCCACAGAGAAAGACAUGGGCAAAUACGCCAUUGAGUUCAACGAUGGAAAAGGCGGCCUGCGGAGGACCGUCGAGCUGUCUGGUCAAGCAUUUGACGAUGCUUUUGCAGAAUUCCAGAGACUCAAAGCUGCUGCUAUUGCUGAGAGAAGUCGUGCUCGAGUAGCAGGAGGCCUGCCUGAUGUGGUCACUAUACAGGAGGGCAAGGCCCUCAAUCUCACCUGCAACAUCUCAGGCGACCCCGUGCCGGAGGUCACCUGGCUGAAGAACGACAGGGAGAUCACGUCCGACGACCACUGCAUCCUCAAGUUUGCGUCAGGCAAGUUCGCCAGCUUCACCAUCACCGGCGUGAACACGUCGGACACCGGCAAGUACAGCAUCCUGGUGAAGAACAAGUACGGCACAGAGAGCGGGGACUUCACCGUAAGUGUCUUCAUCCCUGAAGAGGCGGGCGGCAAGAAAAAAUAA